AUGGCAUCUAAAGUCUCUUUCAUCGACGCCGUCAAAGGCCGCCGCUCUAUCUACGCGCUGAACAAGAACGCGCCGAUUUCCGACGCCGCGAUCGAGCAGCUGGUCAAGGACACCGUGCUCAGCGUGCCGUCCUUCUUCAACACGCAGACCACGCGCGUCAUCGUGCUGCUGAAGGAAGAGCACGACAAGUUCUGGGGCGAGCUCGUGACGGGGGUGCUGAAGCCCGCUGUGCCGGCGGAUCAGUGGGAGGCGACGGCGGGAAAGCUGGGGGCGUUUGGGGCUGGGUAUGGAACCAUCCUGUUCUAUGAGGACCCCGAGCCUGUGCUUGCGCUGCAAAAGGCUUACCCCAUCUACGCCGACCACAUGCCGACGUGGUCGGAGCAUACGUCGGCGAUGCACCAGUUCGUGCUGUGGGCGGGGCUUGAGGCGGAGGGAUUUGGUGCGAAUCUGCAGCACUACCACCCGCUUAUCGAUGCGAAGGUGGCUGAGCAGUGGAAGGUGCCUGGUGACUGGAAGCUGAGGGCGCAGUUGGUGUUUGGAGGGAAAGCGGGCGAGGCGAACGAGAAGACGUUCAAGCCGAUCGAGGAGAGGGUGUUUGUUCAUGGGAAAUAG